UAUAUAAUAUCCCUAUACAUUAGACAAACGACAAAUAGUCCGAGCUAGAGAAGUUUGUCUUGAUGAGAAAUGGAAGCUCAAAUUCUGUUUCUCUAUUUCUCACUCCUCGUUCUCUCUCUAAAUUUCUUAUUUCAGUAUAUCAAACCAAGGCUAAGCCGCGUGUUCCAGCCUUCUCUUGAAACUCAAGCCAAGGCCGCCAUUUUAUCAAGAAAAGAAGUAGCCGAGUUUCUUGAUUCUCCCAUUGUGGAAGUAGUAGAAGAUGAAGAUAUAUACACAACUUCUAGUUCCACGUUCGAUUUUGAUCCAUACAUGACGAGUAAAGCCGAUGCAGUGAACAAAGCUCUAGAAGAAGCCAUACCUGUCGGGGAGCCACUCAAGAUCCACGAAGCCAUGCGUUACUCGGUUCUUGCAGCCGGUAAACGUGUAAGGCCUAUUCUCUGCCUCGCUUCUUGUGAGCUAGUAGGCGGCGAAGAAAACGCCGCGAUGCCAGCGGCUUGUGCGGUUGAGAUGAUCCACACCAUGUCUCUUAUCAAAGACGACUUGCCUUGUAUGGACAAUGACGAUCUGCGUCGUGGGAAGCCCACCACUCACAAAGCCUAUGGCGAAGGAGUCGCCAUUCUCUCCGGAGGAGCUCUCUUGUCUCUUGCGUUUGAGCACAUGACAACGGCGGAGAUAUCCUCGGAUAGAAUGGUUUGGGCGGUCAGGGAACUGGCUAGGUCCAUUGGAACUAGAGGGUUAGUCGCGGGACAAGCCAAGGACAUAAGUAGUGAAGGUUUGGAGUUGAACGACGUCGGUUUAGAGCAUUUGGAGUUUAUCCAUGUACACAAAACUGCUGUUUUGUUGGAAACUGCUGCGGUUCUUGGAGCCAUUAUUGGUGGUGGAUCUGAUGAAGAGAUUGAGAGUGUAAGAAAGUUUGCCAGGUGCAUUGGAUUGUUGUUUCAGGUGGUGGAUGAUAUUUUGGACGAGACCAAGUCGUCGGAGGAAUUGGGAAAAACCGCCGGAAAAGAUCAGCUACUGGGAAAGCUGACGUACCCCAAGCUGAUGGGGUUGGAGAAAUCCAAAGAAUUUGUUAAGAGAUUGACUAUAGAUGCACGUCAACAUCUUCAUGGGUUUACUACGGAGAAGGUGGCACCUUUAGUAGCUCUUACUAAUUUUAUUGCCAAUAGAAAUAAAUGAAAUGUUAUGUCUUUUAGAACUUUGAUUGUUUGUUUUGUUGUGUCGGGUUUAUGUAUACAUGCUAAAACAGUGUGCUUACUUUUAACUUUUAAGUGUAACCAUGUUUUUAUAUUUUUAUUUAAAAUUCAAAAAGGGAAAAACCGGAAAAAAAAAUCUAUUUGCCUCUUUUGUAUAUUAGAUAAUAAAGAACGGCUUUCUGAGA